AUGAAGAAGCAACUAGAAAAGGGAAGGAUCCUGUUCAAGAUGAACUACACUGGUCUCAUCAGCAACACUCUCGGCGGACUUUAUCAGGCAACCUAUAUUGAUACGGAUGGAAAAACUAAAAUUGCUGCAGUGACUAACAUGGAGCCAACAGAUGCUCGCCGAAUGGUACCAUGCCUGGAUGAACCGAGUUUCAAAGCAAAUUGGACCGUAACUGUAAUUCAUCCGAAUGGUACAACAGCCAUAUCGAAUGGCAUUGAAACGGAGGAAGAGCGGGACCCCAGUGGGCGUUGGAUCGUAUCGAGAUUCAAAACUACUCCACCAAUGUCUUCUUACCUGUUGGCCCUUAUUGUUUCAGAAUUCGAGUUCAAUGAAGGCAAAACGGAAAGUGGUGUGCGGUUCCGAAUAUGGUCACGCCCAGAAGCGAAAAAUAUGACACAAUACGCCUUGGGAGCCGGUGUCAAAUGCUUGGAAUCCUACGAGAAAUUUUUCAACAUCAAAUUUCCUCUCGAAAAGCAAGAUAUGGUUGCUGUUCCUGAUUUCUCGCUAGGUGCUAUGGAAAACUGGGGCCUCAUUAUUUAU